AUGGCGAGCCCUCUCGAUGCAGGUGCCGGCUCAGAGCUGUUCAGCAGCUAUGAAGCUGAGCUUAAGUUAGUCCAGGCAGACCUGAACCAGAAACUCGACCAAAUCGCAGAAUACCAGGGAGAGGAAAGGAAGUCAGCCAUAAAACAAGCAGAGAAGUCAUUAGAGGAGGCCACCGAACUAAUAGAUCAAAUGCGGAUAGAGAAAGAGAACAUCCCCUCCGCAGCCCGUUCGAAAGUGAAUGCCCGUUUCCGCAAUUUCGUAACAGACAUCGACGACGUCAAGCGUCAGCUUAAAGCCCUCUCCGAUGACCGCAGAGCGCUCUUUGGCGACCGAUACACAGAUGAGCCCAACGGCGUAAACGACCACCAUCUGGAGCAGAGACAGCAGCUGCUAUCCGGAACUGAACGUCUAGAGCGGAGUUCCGCCCGUCUAAGGGAUAGCCAGAGAGUAGCGCAGGAGACCGAGGAUAUUGGACGGCACACAUUAGCUGAUCUAUACAUCCAACGCCAGACCAUCGAGCACACCCGAGCUGGCUUACUGGAAAGUGAAGGCUACGUGGAUCGCAGCGUAAAGACGCUGAGGGGGAUGGCUCCUGUCGGGCGUGACGUAACUGAUUCAUGUGAAUAG